UCUGGCUGGCCUCGCGGAACCCGCACGAUGCCGGGAGUCACGGUGAAGGACGUGAACCAGCAAGAGUUCGUUCGGGCCUUGGCUGCCUUCCUCAAGAAGUCGGGGAAGCUGAAAGUACCCGAGUGGGUGGACACGGUCAAGCUGGCCAAACACAAGGAAUUGGCGCCCUACGAUGAGAAUUGGUUCUACACGCGGGCUGCCUCUACAGCCCGACACUUGUACCUUCGGGGUGGUGCUGGUGUGGGAUCCAUGACCAAGAUAGGGGGGCGCCAGCGCAAUGGAGUCAUGCCCAGUCACUUCAGCAGAGGCUCCAAGAGUGUGGCCCGGAGGGUUCUGCAAGCCCUGGAGGGCCUCAAGAUGGUGGAGAAGGACCAGGAUGGGGGCCGGAAGCUGACACCUCAGGGACAGAGAGACCUGGACAGAAUCGCAGGACAGGUGGCAGCUGCCAACAAGAAACAUUAGGACAGACCACGCCGGAUUCAUUAAUAAAUUGCCUUGUUCGUAAAAAAAAAAAAAAAAAA